CUCUAGCAGCGCAAGCUUCGACGGGGGCAUCAAGGUUGAGUCAGUCUGAGCUGAGGCGCAACCUCUCAGCAACUGACGGCGGGUUCCAUCAGUCCAGUGACUCGAGAAGUCUACGGUUAAAUUCCGUCAUGACGAACGAGUUCAUUGGCGCCCUUCACUGCUGGAAAUUCGCCGUACGAGCCAUGAUUUCACGGUUCGGAGGAAUUCGGGAAUCUGGCCCUCAGCCAUCCUCUGAUCAUCAGGCAGGACCCUCUGGAGCCGAGGGAGACGCCACACCUAGUCCGCCAUCUACUUCUGGAUCUGAAGUGGUUCAUUCGAUCAAGUCUGGUCCAUCAACGAGGGCAACGACUGUUAUCUUGAAGAAUGCGACAGAUGUUACUAUCCAGGCGUUUUGGGUUGAUUACGACGGCAAGGAGGUUGCUUACGAAAAGAUUAAGCCAGGAAAAACUUACCGACAGCGCACUUUCGUGUUGCACCCAUGGGUCUUUCGUGAAUGCGCCUCGAAUGAGCCACUCGUAGUUGGAAAGAAGCUGGUGGCUCUUCCUGAUGACGCUGAGGAGAGUGAAAUGGUGAUAAUCAGGCCUGGAUAUAUCAAAUGGAGCCCUGCAACGCACGAUCGUUUUCCAGAAGCUUUCAGGAAAAGUGUGAAAGCCUUACUUCUUUCCUAUCAAUGGUGCCAGGUCAAGUCAGAAAACAUGGAAAAGGCGUGGAGCCACGACCAUUUGGGUUUGCAGAUGUCUCAGCUUCCCCUGGACCUGAUUCAUGCACUUAUUGAGAUGGCCGCACCCGAGGUUCUCGACAUCGAAAACUGAGCCACCGCCCAAGUGCCAUCAAGCCAUCAAUCCCCCUGAUCCGAAAGCUGUGUUUGUUUCUGCCUGUGACUGGUUUAUUAUUCUCAAUAACUCAGCCUGCUCGAAGGGCAAGACAGGGGAACAAUGUCUGACAAUGCUGGCAUGCUAGAAACAAUUGCAGCCAACAAAAUUGGAAUCAGCAAGUACGAGAAUUGAUCAACACUGGGAAAGGGUUAAGGGUAGAACAUUUGUGUCGCCAGGGUAGAACAUAAACGUCACUAAGGUAGAACCCCAAUUUGAAGAAAUAUUUGUAUUGGGGGAAACUUCAGUAACUAUUCCAAACCCUCAUCUCUGCUGAUCAUGUGUCUCCACACCAUAUCGUACGAUGCAGGCCCUCAGAUUCGUUUCAGGCCACGCUGAUUGAUCAGUGUCGAUCUCAAAAAACACCCUGAAAAUCAGUUUUUGGUAGUAGUUUUCUUACUGGUUGGCCCUGGUUCUUUCGUUUUCAAGGCUGUUUCAUCACGAUCGGUACAAGAGAACAGCCUGAAAAAAACAAAAUCAGCGUAAUAAGUCUGAUAACUGUGGGCCUGCUCCGAUGUUAGUGUCGGAGAUCGGACUAAAAAUGGUUGAUUGCGUAGCGAAAGCGUUGAACCAUAAAUGGUUGAUUGCUCAAAGAAAAUACAAGCAUUUGUACUACUCUCUAAGCUCCUCCAAGAGCCUCUUGGAGCGGUUGGAGCGGUUGCUAGAGGCGUCUCUCAUUCCUUCAGCAGCCACUCUCCCUCCUUUUCUUAGCUCUUAGAUCGUCACUACCGUAGGCCGUCAUAGCAAAUUCGCCGCUGCGUAUUUCGCUCGCUGCUGGCAGCGAAAUCCUUGCUGCAGUGGCGAAUUCCAUGCUGCAGUGGCGAAUUCCAUGCUGCAGUGGCGAAAUCCUUGCAGCAGAUCCGAGAUCCAGUGGCGAAAUGUUAGCUCCUGCUAAGCGAAACAUUUAGGGCAGUGACGGAUGCUGUGGAUAGUCGCGAAACGCUUGUUCCAGUCUCGAAAUGUCAGCUUUACUCCCGAAAUUUCAGCUUCAGUCCUGAAAUGCUAGCUUCGGUUACGAAAUGCAAGCUGCUGUGGCGAGAUGCUUGCUGCAGCUGCGAAAUCCUUGGGUCAGCUGCGAAAUCCUUGGGGCACCUGCGAAAUGGUGCAGCUACAUCCAUGAUGUUGCUGCAGAUUGCGAAUUUUUGCUGCUCCUGCUUCAAAAUACUUCCAGAGGCAUCUGCAGCAGCAGCUGCUGCUGAGACCGCCAUGCUGCAAUAGCUGCGGCUCUGCAUUCAGAGGUCCUCCUGCUGUUGCUUCUGCCGCGACUCCUGGCAGCAGCGUUCAAACCAAGAAUUGGUAUCAGGUGCUGCUGCCGGAGGCUGUCCUUGCUGCCGGGUUCCUGCACCUGGGCGGCCGAUUCGCGACGAAUGCACAGAGGAAUGGGGCAGACAACCUUCGAGGGAGCUUCGCAUCAUCAGGAUCGUUUCUUCUCCCAUUUCCUUGCGUGUUCCAGCUGCUGUCACUUGCUGCCCCCUGACUCCGCAGGCUCAACAGUAAGUGCAUGGCGAGGGGCAUCAGGCUCUGCUGCAGCAUUCUUCUUAUCAUCAGGUGGUGCAUGCAGGUUGAGAAGGGGCAUUUAUGUCAAACCCCUUGCAGUGGUGGACGCCUCCAUUGCCACCAGUAGGGGGGGGUCUGUCAACUUAUGCAUAUAUUUGUAUGUAGAAGUUAUAGGCUAGAUAGGUGUCCCUUCUUAGAGGGUACAACUCCAACCCUAUAUCUCCUUUGUUCUCACAUACCGCUAAUCAUUCUAGCAU